AUGGGCGUCAAUGAAAUAUUCCUUCAGUUCUUCUCCAGGAUUACUGAGCAGUUUGUGUUUGGCAUAGAUGUGUUUCUGCACACGAUAUGGAAAAUAUGGAUUGAUCUUCUGGAUGUUCUUGGAAUUGAUGGAUCAAAUGUGAGCCAGUAUUUGAAUCCAACAACAGCUGUAAACCACCCAACUCAAGUUCUCCUGUUAGUUGUUGCUGUACUUGUAGCUUAUUGGUUUUUGUCAAUAUUUAUGGGACUUCUAUUUUAUACGUUACGCACAAUGUUUGGCUGCUUCUUCUGGAUUGCACGAAUUGUCUUUUUUGCCCUCGCUUGUCUCUACAUUCUGCAGAAAUCUGAAGGUGACCCCGAAGGUGCUGUGCUCCCACUUUGUUUUGUAGUUUUGACGUACAUUAUGACCGGUCCAGUUGGCUUCUAUUGGAGGAGAAAUGUUAGUCAUGUAGAGGAAAAACUCGAUCAUCUUGAUGGUCAAGUCAGGCUUAUGAACAUUCGUCUCAAUAGAGUAUUGGAAAAACUCGAUCAAAAUACUGGUUAGUGUUAGAAGGAAUGCUGUUGCUUAUCACCAGCACUGUAUAAUGGAUAGUGAAUCACUGUCUAACAAGUGUGAAUAACCCAUGUUCAAGGAUUUAUGUUCGUUAAUUUUUUUGCAGUCACUUAUACUUGCUUGGUUUAUAUUCAUCAGUCACACUAUAAAUGGGAAUAAUUUUUAAGUUCUUUUUAUUAAUUUUGUUUUCUUUGUCUUAAGUGUAUAUGAUCAAAUGUUUUUUUAGUGCAAACAGAAUUAAAUUUGCCACCAAAACAAAUGCCAAACAAAGGACCAUUUUUUUCCCUCAAAUUCUGUCUUACUAAAGGAAUGGGGUGGAAGAAUACAUUUGUGCUCAUAAUUAUGCACUAUUGUGAUUUGUUGUGUUAGUACACUGAAUGUGAAGGAUAGCUGUAAUUUUUUUAGUUUUUAGUAUAGUUUGUGAAACAAGUGAAUAAAUUUCAAGUCAAAAAUCUGUAUAAUCUUUUCACCCAUUUUCCCCUCUGUCCCUUUUCAGUGCUGCUACAUUAUUGGACCCUGAAUUACAUAAGUAAGAAUCUAUUUAAGUAGGUGUGUUCUGUAUGUAAUGUGCUGUAGUGAAAGAAAAAUCACCAUAUCUAUUGUGUACCUCACUAGUGUUUUCCCCUUUAGUUUUGUGGGUGCAUUUCAUGUGAAUUACAGUAUGGAAAUGUGUAUAUUUUUCAAACUGCAGAUUUUGCCAAUGGAUUCCUAUAUUCUGGACCAUUUAAGAUGGCAUGUUUGUAAAUGUGAUGAGUAAUUCGACUAAUUAUAUUAUAUAGUUUAAUUAUGGCAUGCAAUAUUGAGGCAAAUGAAUAAGAAAUUCUUCAAACUAAAUACGAAAAUAUCUACGAAUGUUUCUUAAUCAUAAAGACUUUCUGCCCCACCUCUGAUUUCCACAAGAGCUCAGCUGAGAUAGUAAAGAACCUCAAAUUUGCAAAGUUGGUCACACAAAUUUGUAUUUACUUCUCUUUUUGAGAAGUGGUCUUUUAAAUUCCACAAGGUAGAUUUUUAGUAUAACAUUAGACCUAACUGGAUAAUGCUAUUUAAAUGAGACAUGAAUGGUAUUCCCGUUGAAUGACUGACUAGUGUGUGUUUUGGAGCUGAUGGAUCCAAUUCAACCAAUUUUGUGAUGAAAGUUCCCGAAUGUCUUUGCCCUGGUCAUGUAAGGAAGACCUUGGACAGAAGGAUUUUUAACUGAUGAAAUUGCUGCAAUUUACAAUCAAACUGUGUGGAACUAACACUAACAGUAAAGUACCAAUAAAUUGCAUUGACUUACUUGGUUCCAGAUAAUGUGCCUUUUGGGAGUAAAUGAUGUUAUAUAUAAUGGUCUUUGGAAAUGAUUGCUAAAAGGAAAAUAAAGGCUGAAAAUAUUUGUUCAUUUGGACAAUAUUAUUGAUUUGUCUACCUGUAGGAAAAAGUAGAAUAAUGAGAAUUCUUUUGAAUUAUGACAUGCAGAAUAAACAACCUAUUAAUUAGAUUAUAUUGUAUAUUGAUUAUUUAAAUUGCAACAAUAACUGCACUUGAGCUUGUUUUGACCAAAUUUACAAUGCAAGAUGGAUUGCAAUAAUUACAAAAUUAAGAUUAUUUAAUGUACCUGGAUUUCUGCUGACUUCAGAACAUUUCUGUGAUACUACGUAUAUCACAAGUUUUGAUAUUGACAGCUGUAAUAAGUAGAAUCAUUUUGAUAUGCCUUUUAAAUAUCACAACUGCAAUUAACUUAUUUUGACUGCUUUUUUUUUAAAGAAAGAAACAUAUCUCCGGAUUCACAUUUUAGAUUUGGGUAUUUGUUAAAUUUGCUGUAUUUAAAUCUCACUGUGAUGUAUUUUGGAUUUUGUUCAAUUUCCAGGUGUCAUUUUUAACUAAAAUGGAUAAUAGAAUCUGUUAAGCACAAUGUUACUGUGUGUUAAUAAAGGUUUAAAAAACA